UAGAAAAUGGAGGCUAGCAUAAAAACUGUAUUCCACUGUGGCGCGAUUGUUAUCCCCCUGUUUAAUGUUAUGAUUUCCGAUGAGCAUGCGCGCUGCUAUUCACCAUAUCGUCUCUCUGCCAAGGCCUCUAGGUACUCUGUCUUCGAGCGCUGGCUGCAGGUAACAUCACUCAAACCCCCUACCGACCGAGCCAACCCACUUUCGUAUAGGUACAUGAACGACAUCAGACAUAUAAUAUAUACCUACAACAUUGUAACUCCGAGAGCGAAAAGUUCUAAGAAACAAACAAGUUGAUUUUGGAACUGAGGAAAUCCCGUUGGAUUAGUCAAAGCAGUGAUACUGGUGAAAUAAGAAGUGACCGAAAUGUGCUCUAUUUGAGAUCACCUAAUCGGAUUUUAAUUAUCGUAAAGGAAAAGCGAUGUUUAUGGUAUAAGUGAUAUACUACGUUUAGUUGCAUUCGAGGUCUAAAGCAUAGCGCCCGUCACGAUGGAUUGGGCAUCGCUUCCGUUGGAGGUACUGGAGGCAAUUUUCCGACAACUGAACUUCAAGGACCUGUUGCGAUGUGCACUGGUAUGUCGUUCGUGGAACCGAGCCCUGUUCGAGUGUCCUUCGCUGGCCCACAGGGUUGUAUUUCUAUUCGAUGCGGCCCACACGGACCAGCUGCGCCAGCUCAUACCGAUGAGCGAACGUAACUAUCGGCAGCUGGCAAUAGGAUUGACCGUCCCUUGGAAUGAGGACAUCAAGGACUGCUUCGAUCAGGCCGUUCAACAGUGGAACCUAAGGUUCGUGUCUUUGGUGGGCGAACCGGACAAAGUGAGCGAUUGUCUGCUCUCGAACAUGCCGUUUUUUGGCGCGCUUACUGAGCUGAAUCUGGAGUUCACCUUGACUCGUGCGUGGCCAGAAUGGACCGAGAUUCAAAAAGUGGAGCUGAGUCAGUUGCGAAAGAUGCACUAUCUGCAGGUCUACACGGGGGCAAAUCAAAUGAAUACACUGUACCAUUUUGUUCUGCCAAAGGUGGAACAGGUCUCUUUGGUUCUGGACUCGUUGGCCAAUGAGGAAGCGAUGUACUGGGAAGACCCGUUGAUAGAACUGUCCGGUUGCGAGCUGCUCAGAUCCCUGGAGGUCGAUUUGAACGGUACCAUGUGGGAACAGUUCUUCGCCAUCCAUAAACCGUACAUGGAACGAUUGGUCAUCCGGCGGGCAAUCGACGAGUAUCAGAACCGCGAUUGGGAUCUGGAGUUUUCCAAGAUGCCGAACCUGCGAUACGUGGAGUUCACAUUUGUCAAUAACGAGAUGCUUGCCAGCUUGAACCGGAAGUGCAGAAAGAUCGAAAAGCUCCUCAUCAAUGGUUUCUGUCUGGACGAUGGCAAUUUUUCCAGCAGUAUGCAGUUUCCGUUGCUGAAAAGUUUACACAUGGACGGAUGGUUGAAUGGAUCGCUGUUCUCGAACGAGUUGUCUCUAACGCUGGAUAAGACUGAGGAUCUCGUUUGGAAGUACGUAGAACUGGCUCCUGCUCAAGGUGCAUUCACACUCGUUUCGCCCAACGUGAAACGGCUUACCCUGCGAGGCUGCGAGUACGCCCGCUUCGAAUUGGACAUCGGCAAUCGAUUGGAAUCACUCGACAUGGACUACUACGGAACGCAACUGGUGGCGCCCAAUUUCCUGAAUCGGCUGGGGCACCUAAAACACCUAGUUCUUCAUAUUAGCGGCCGGUCGGCACUGCUGGCCCCAAAAUUGUGCCAUCUCCGACAUGUCAAGCGGCUGGAAGUGGUGUGCUGUACCGAGAGCUACGGGUACGAUUGUAGCGCCCUGUUCGAAAGCAUCUGCAACAACUUGACUGAACUGGAAGAAUUCAUUCUACGAAAUGAACACGAAAAUCCACUCAUGCUGGACUACAAGCGCUAUCGGAAACUUUGCCAGCUCACCCAGCUGAAAGUGCUCAAUUUGCAAUACAUCACGAUAUACAACGUUACGGGUACCACGGAACUGAAGCAUGUGCCACAUCUGAACGUUUGGGGUUGUUCCACGUCGACCGCCGAAUGCGAUGCUCCGUUUCGGUCAAGCCUGAUGGAGGUGGAGAGCUAACGCUAGCAACGUUGAUGCGCUGUUGUACCUUGGAUUGUUCGCUGAAAUUAGCGAAAAUAUUUAUUAUUGUAUACGUUGAAAGUACUACUAGUUUCAAGCAUCACACAUUAUUUUUAGAGCAAUACUUUAUAGCUACUCUUGAUAUAAGUUAAAUAUAGUUUUUUUUUUGUGAAAGAUGUUCUGCGUGAAUGAUCGAUUUAUAAGCUUAGUUUCUUGUUGCCAAGUAGAGCGCUCAAGUAAAAUUCCACCUUUUUCCGCAAGUAAUUUUGACAACUCUAGAUUGAGUUUAAAUAAGGGCGAAAGUAACAUGAGAGAGUUCUCUUCAUCGACUCUCUC